UGCUAAUUAUAGAAGCGGGCAAGGGGAAUACGGACGGUGUUUGGGAACACACGCAGCAGGCCAGGGCACAAUAGGCCUACGCACUACGCCCGUUCAUUGUCUGACUUGUCGUUGACAAAUGCAUCCGCACAAGAUCCCGGUCUGUAACCCUCAUCAGCCCUACGUAGUUUUCCAAGCCUGCACACCUUUGCCGUCUGUCGAAGGAAUCUGCCAAAUUGCAUAAUUUUCGCCAGAAAAUCAUGCACUCUCAAAACGGCACCAACAGCGGAGUAUGUCAUCGUUCACUGUCCCUCAGCACUAACAGCGACCUGCUGUUGAGGCGAUUCAUGAGGGACUCGCUCGACCCUUGCAUCAUUAUAGCGCAGCAGGGAACCUCUGCGUGUAAACCCAGUUGCGCACUGAACUGCUCACGUUCGGAGCCAAAUUCAGAGACCUUGAACGAUGUCUCUCCCGUUGACCCGUUCAUCUUCGAACUGAACCCGGCUGCUGAAGCUGCUUUGGGUUAUGCGAUGGCGGAUCUGAAGCAGUUCGAUAAUAACGGGAUUCACCAAGUAGUCGCUGGGCGGGAUGAUGAUGCCACCGAGCAGCUUCAGACGCUUGCGUGGAUUAAGCAUCUACUACAAGUCGGGGACACUGACGAGAGUAAAACCUUCACCGAUAGAUUGAUGCAUUUCAAAAAGAAGACCGGGGAGAUAAUCGCAUCGGACGUCGAGUCUUACCCCGUAUAUUAUCGCGGCAACCGGGGAUCGACCGAUUCCGGCAUCAAAGCAAUUCUUCUAUGCGCGCGCAUCGUAACGCCGCUCUCCAGACUUAGCAGCAAACCCUCCAAUUCGGCGUUGGGCCGACAUCACUCAGCAGCCGACCUUGGGUCUUCGCAAACCAGUAUCGACUUUGCAGCGCCUGAUUUCGAGAAAAGAUUGCAGAAAAUAUAUCAAAACGCCGCUCGGGCUGUUGGUCACGAUUUCUUUGCGACGAUGCUCCGUAGCGUAUCGAACUGGUCAGGCUUCUGCUAUGCCUGGAUUGCUAUGGCCGUACCACAUCAAUCGACUCCGGGGGGCGAGAGCGCCGGCACUCGGCCAACUAGGUUGAGGUAUUGUGGUUUCUAUCAUAGAGAUCACGGGUAUAUCCGGGAAGUAGAAGGAAAGGAAUACAACAUUGCGGAUACCCCAUGCGUUUACACGCUUGAUGACAACGUGGUAUCGAUCCCAGAUGGCGUCAUGGACCUAUUCCCAGACAAUCCCGCAUGGCAGACGCUCGACCGAGCGCCGCAAUCAUUCGUUGCGGUUUCCAUCCUCGACACCGAAACGGGAGAGUACCUCGGCGUUAUUGGCAUGAUCGAUGAUCGGCCCGGACUGUUGGGGGUUAUCGGCAGCGCCGAGCACGUUCGGGUUGGGUUGUGUGUGUUUGCGGAGAGAGCGGGCGCGGAGAUCAAACGGUUGAAGAUGGAGGCUCAAUUGACGGAAGCUAAGGAAGUGGCAGUGGCGGCUAAUCAUGCUAAAACGGAUUUCAUCUCACAUAUGAGUCAUGAACUCAGGACCCCAAUGAACGCGGUGCUCGGAAUGGCUCAGCUUUUACAGGACACCCCGUUAACAUCGGGGCAACAGGAACUCCUGAGCACUCUCAACGACGCAGGGAGCCACCUUCUCGACGUAAUCAACGAGCUGCUAGACGUGACCAAGAUCGAGAUGGGCUCCUCGAUAACGCUCUUACCCACGCCUGUUAAUGUGCCUGCACUCUUGGAAGAGGUCGUCAAAUUGGUGCAACCAACCGAUCUAGGACGAACAUUUCAGAUCAACCAAUCGCCGUCGGACUCAGUCAGUCCACUCGCGGGUCCUGCUAUUGCUAGGAAGAAGGUCGAGAUCAAGUGGGAGGUUGGGAAAGGGCUGCCUGAGUCGAUCAUGGCGGAUAAGUCGCGGUUAAAGCAGAUACUUAUCAAUUUGGCGGCGAACGGGUAUAAGUUUACUGAUGAAGGGCAAGUCGUCAUACGAUGCAUCCGUCUCGAAGAUGAAGCUUGCGCCGGACUCUUUUGCGGAGGCACGGAAGCUCGAGAAGUCGAACUUCAAUUCGAAGUGCAGGAUAGCGGGCCAGGAAUCGGACCGGAGGAAGCUGCGCGCUUGUUCAAGCCUUUCGUCCAGUUGGACAGCACAAAGGCAAAGCAUGCCCAGGGCAGCGGUCUCGGACUCACCAUCGCCCAUCACCUAGUCGGCCUCAUGGGCGGCAAGAUCUGGGUGAAGCCGCCCUCCCAAGAGCGCGGCGCAACAAUGGCCUUCAAGUUCAAGUGCCCAAUCUCUGAGAAAAGCACCGCAAACGGCCAGGCAACCUCGCCCAACGGAACUCGUAUGACCCUCCAACGCCAGCGCAAAUGGAGUCCAGACCUCUCGGCUCGCCUACCGUUCAAGAUCCUCCUUGCGGAAGACAAUGUUUUGAACGCGCGGAUCGUUAGGACGUUCUUGGGGAAGUUUGGGUAUCGGGACGAUUCGGUCGAACAUGCGCUUGAUGGCGUGCAAGCUGUGCGAGCGGUGUUGGAAGCGGAUGCCAAAGGGAGGAUGUACGAUAUUUUGUUCCUUGAUAUGUUUAUGCCUGGGCUGAACGGGCACGAAACAUGCGAAAAGAUCAUGGAGCAUUUCCAAAAACCCACAACGUCCUCGCGACCACCCUAUAUCGUCGCACUAACCGCCAACGCCUCGGUCGAGGACCGCGAUAAAUGUCUCGCGAUCGGGAUGAGGAGCUACCUGACGAAACCGCUGCUCAUUCAGGAUCUGUAUGACGCUUUGGUUGAGGCUGGGAGGGAACGAGAUGUGGGGGAUCAGGGAAGACGUUGGGUAGGGGCGGUCUAGUGUGCGAGGGCCGCAAUGAAGGACGCUAGGACCUGUCCUAGCUGUUGGACAACCGGGCUCAGCAUCGCGCACACACCUGCCCGUCACCAUCAUCAGUUUGUUUGCAAGAAGAGUCUUGAGGAUUUAGGCGAGAUCAUACCGUGAUCAUUCGGUGGCUUGCUUGCCAGGGAUGCAACUGAGUCCCACACGAUGCAUAUACCCGGUGGAAGAAGUGGAAAAGGGAAACCGAUCGAUGUUUCAGUUGUCUAAGGAUUGCGGGCAAUUUACCCCAAACCUUUCGAAAUCGACAGGCAUCAGUGGAGUAGGAGGAGAAUAUCAUCAUCCUCCGGAGCUGAGAUGGGACACGUGGCUCCGGCAUCAGCGACGGACAGCUAGUUUGCUCGCAGCCGCUACACAUCCCCCUGCACAGUUCGUGUUGCCGCAUUCUGUUAUCUAUUUGUUACAUGUGCAUGUACAUAGACUUUGUGAAGUCCCCCAAUGUAAAGUCAAAACAGUUCUGC